AUGGCUCCCACCCCCUCAUCCUCCAUGGAUCAACAUCAUCCCUUAACAAUUGCCUCUGCCUCCAACCCCACCUCCAACCCCGCCCCCUCCGCUGCCCGCAUCCGCGAGAACCAACGCCGUUCCCGAGCCCGCCGGAAAGAAUAUCUGCAAGAAUUGGAGCAUAAGCUUACAAAGUGUGAACAGGCGGGAGUCAGAGCUAGUGUGGAUAUACAGCUUGCAGCUAGAGGGGUGGCGGAGGAUAAUAAGAGGCUCAAGGAGGAGAACAGGAGAUUGAAGGAAGAAGGGGAGAAAUUGAGGAGGGAGAAUGAGAGGAUGAGGGCGAAUCUGGAUGGGAACCAGCAAGAACGUGCGGGAGCUUCAAAAGGGGGAAAAUCCGUGGCUGGAGCAUCAUCUCAUGGAAUCCAAGAUGCAGAAGCCGAGGCUCCUUCUCAGUUGCGAGAUUCCACAGACCGUCAGCAGCCGACCACUAGGACCGAGGGCGAAGAGAUCUACACACAGCUUACUCCAAUCCCGACAGAAUCAUCAUCGGAAGUCUCGUGCAUCCGCCAAAACGAUCAGAUGGUACUGGGUGACGAUACUUCAUCCUGCGAAUACGCAGCGCACAUCAUCACCAGCAUGAGAGCGGAUAUCAGCACUGAUGAUGUACGAGCUGAUCUAGGUUGUGGUGGCGAUAUCAGAGAAUGGCGAAAGUGCAAGGUGGAUAAUUCGAAGCUUUUCGUUGCUGUGGAUCGGUAUACUGGAUGA